GACUCUCCUUUUUAUCUCUCCCUCUUAGCUGUAUAAGCUGAGAGAGAAAUCACAAACAGGUCGGUCUCUUCUUCUUCUUGAAUCUUGAUAACAUCAAUUCCCCAAUGCAUGUAGUUUCCCUUUUUUACUGAAAAUAUCAGCCCUUAUCUCUUUACUACUUUCUUCAUUAAUAAUAAUUCUCAAAUUUCUUCUACAUAUUCACACACCAUUUUCUAUCUUUUACCAGAUCCACCACUCACCUUCUCAAAAAAAAAAAAAAAAAAAAAGGUUCCCAACUUGGGUUCUUGAAAUGAGUUCUUGAAAAAUUCUUUUUCUUUUUUUGUGUGUUGGGGUUUUCUGUUAAGUAAAAUGAAAGUGACCCAGAAAGAAAAAGAUUCAGAAAAAAUCAUCUGGGAUCAGAUGAGAAGUGUUUCCGGGUCACAAAAUCGGGUUUUACCUAAGCUUAUGGUAUUUCUUAUCCUUUUUGUUUCAGCUACUUACGUUAUUUACACUUUAAAACUCGUUUCAUCUAAAUCUUGCAACAAUGAAGAUGUCUUAACUCGGAGCAGAUUAUUCCUUCACUCAUCUGAAAUAAUCAAGAACAUCUCAAGUAAACUGAGUAACCCGACCCGUUUCGAAGAAAAACCCGAAGAAAAGGAGGAAAAAACCGGGUUGGAGCAUAUAGUUUUUGGCAUUGCUGCAUCAGCAAAGUUAUGGGGAAAAAGAAAGGAAUAUAUAAAGUUGUGGUGGAAAAAAAAUCAAGAAAUGAGAGGUAUUGUUUGGUUAGAUAAACCUGUGAAAAUAAUCACAGGUGACCGGGAAGUGCUGCCCGAGAUCAAGAUCUCAGGCGACACUUCCCGGUUUGCGUAUCGCAACCGGCAAGGGCACCGGUCAGCGAUACGCAUAUCGAGGAUUGUUUCGGAGACAUUAAGGUUAGGGAAUAUGGAUAAUGUAAGGUGGUUUGUAAUGGGAGAUGAUGAUACUGUAUUUGUUACUGAUAAUUUAGUGAGGAUAUUGAAUAAGUAUGAUCAUAAUCAGUAUUAUUAUAUUGGGAGUUUAAGUGAGAGUCAUUUGCAGAAUAUUUAUUUUAGUUAUAGUAUGGCUUAUGGAGGUGGUGGAUUUGCUAUUAGUUAUCCAUUAGCUAAAGCACUUGAGAAAAUGCAAGAUAAAUGUAUUCAAAGGUAUCCUGGACUUUAUGGUUCUGAUGAUAGAAUGCAAGCUUGUAUGGCUGAACUUGGUGUUCCACUCACCAAAGAACUUGGUUUUCACCAGUAUGAUGUGUACGGGAACUUAUUCGGUCUGCUAGCAUCACAUCCAAUAGCGCCAUUGGUAACAUUGCACCAUCUUGAUGUGGUGGAGCCCAUCUUUCCCAACGUGACUCGAGUGCAAGCUCUACGACGUCUUACAGUUCCAAUGAAGCUCGACUCAGCUGGCCUUAUGCAACAAUCCAUUUGCUAUGAUAAAGCUAACAGUUGGACCGUAUCAGUAUCAUGGGGAUUUGCAGUUCAAAUAUUCCGUGGAGUGUUGUCCCCUCGUGAAAUAGAAAUGCCAUCGAGAACUUUCCUGAAUUGGUAUAAAAGAGCAGAUUACACUGCAUAUGCUUUUAAUACGAGGCCUGUUGCCAGGAACCCAUGUCAGAAACCUUUUGUGUUUUAUUUGUCAAGUGCCAAAAUGAGUCCUUAUAGCAAUCAAACAGUGAGCCAGUAUACUCGUCAUCGAGUUCCUCAUCCAGCAUGCAAGUGGAAGGUGGCUGACCCGGCUCAAGUUGAUCGUGUUCAGGUUUUCAAGAAGCCUGACCCACAUCUAUGGGAUCGGUCUCCAAGGAGGAACUGUUGCAGAGUCUUUAGCUCAAAGGGAAAAAGCAUGGUGGUGGAUGUAGGUGUAUGUAGGGAAGGUGAGGUUGCUGAAGUAUGACGAUGUAUGACUCUCGAGCUUUUCCUCUCCUUGUAUCGUCUCUCAAUUGGUUCUCGAAUGUAUUUCUUCAUUUGUUGAAUUUACGUGAAAUUUUCUUGGAUUCAUCCAAGUGUCUUUCACUUAUGGCCACUACAUUUAGAUGAGCUAAUGUAAAAUAUCCCAGAUAUACACUAGGUAUCCUCAUAUGACGAUUAGUGUAGCAUAGUUUUUUCAGUAACUUUGAUCUUUAUCUCCCU